UUUCUGAUCGCGAGGAGGAACCGAGAGAAGGAAGUGAUAGGAAGAACAAUUUCCGCCAGGUAUUCGAACGCUUACAUGUCGGACUCGGAAGGUAGCCCGAAGUUGUCGCGGAAAACAAACAACAGGUUUGUCUGAAAUAUUUCUUAUCGGGUACCGCGUGACAAGGGGCAAAGACCACUUUCCCUCGUGAUUUGGCGGACGCGUGACCUCCUUUAGCUCCUACACUUGCCACCAUGUGGGUCGGACUUGUCCCUGCCCUGCUGUGUGUGUUGGUUGUACCGCCCGGGGUACUGACCACCCCACUGGACGACUACGUCAACAAGCCGGACCCGCACUACUCCUACCACGAGGUGUUGGAAUGGCGUCUGAAGGGUCCCGGCUACACCAUGUACCUCCUCAACAUGACCUCACAACAGUGGCUCACAGAGGAGGAAGUUAGCCGUCCGAUCUGGUGGCAUUUCCUGACUGUGACUAUCCCAGACAACAUCACCCACCCUGAGGCAUCAUUCAUGUUCAUAGAGGGAGGAGGAAACGAUAAUCCAGACAGCCUCCCCGGCCAUAACGACAAUUUCAUCGAGCUGACCCAAAUGUUUGCGGUAUCAACAGGAAGUGUCGGCGCGGACCUGAAACAGAUACCCAACCAGCACAUCGUGUUUAAGAACGAUUCACUACGAAAACAACGAUCAGAAGACGCCAUCAUCGCGUUCACGUGGAAACACUUUCUGGACAACCCGGACCAGCCGGAGUGGCUACUCAGGAACCCUAUGACAAAGGCAGCAGUGCGGGCCAUGGACACAAUACAGGACUUUACAAAGAAGAUGACGGGGAAUCAGCCAGACAAGUUUCUGAUAGCAGGUGCUUCAAAGCGCGGUUGGACCACGUGGACCACCGGUGCGGUAGACAAGAGGGUGUUUGCUAUAGCUCCUCUAGUUAUGGAUCUUCUGAACUUACAGAAGAAUUUGCACCACUUUUACCGAGCGCUGGGAGGCUGGACUUUUGCUUUUGACGACUACUAUGACGUGAAUAUUACGGAAAGACUUGACGACCCAAAUAUAGAAAAGAUGGCAGCCAUCAUUGACCCACUCGCAUACAAGGAUCGUCUGACGAUGCCAAAGUACAUCAUUGGAACAGGAGGGGACGAGUUCUUCAUGCCGGACGAUUCUUACUACUACUGGGACCAGUUGGAAGGAGAAAAAUAUAGAAGAUGGAUACCAAAUGCCGAACACUCAUUAGCGGGCCAUGAAAUCAGCCUGUUCUUUGGAAUGCGGGCGUUUUUCUUCAGCAUUGUGGAGAACUCCCCGCGACCAAAGCUGACGUGGACGAGGGAAACGGGGGAAAGAAGUGGGAAGAUAACUCUACAUACUAACAUGGAACCUAUGAUCAUCCGGUCUUUCCACGCCCGCACACUUGAUGGAAAAAGACGUGACUUUCGUCUGGUGAACCAACCCCCCGGAGAGACGAAACCUCAGCCACAUCCCGUCAUCUGGCUGCCACAGGACGUACAACACAUGGGAAAUGGGACGUACGUUGCGGAGUUUGAUAUCCCCUCUGUCGGGUGGCUCGCGUUCUUCAUCCAGGCCACGUUCCCGGCUCCCCAUGGAACUGCUCUGGAGUUCACCACCGAGGUGCACAUCAUCCCGGAAACAUUCCCCUUCCCAGACUGCACCGGGGCUGCCUGCAGGGGGACUCUUCUGUAAACUCGUCAGAUGUAUUAAUCCAGAUC